UCACCGACCCGAAAUCCGACCGUUGCCUCCCCUCUUCGUUCUCGCACCGCCCCCAAAUCCCCCGAGGUCCAACUCCCACGGACGCCGAUACUUGGCAAGAGAGCGAACGCAACCGCCGCGGCGAGCUCAUCUCUUCUCUCUCUCUCUCUCCUCUCCUCGUCCGCGUCCUCCUUUCUGCUGCGUUGAGAUAGCCCGGGCUGGUUGAUUGAUUUCUCCUGCGCCGUCAAGCUUUCAAGGUACAAAAAGAAACCUUUCUGUUCGGUCAUGGCUUUCCCAACUCCAGCAGCUGUUUUGCUUAAUGAGAACCUGCAGAUACAUAAUGGCGAGAGGGCUGAUGCACCAAGGGCCAAACCACUGAAGCCAUCAGUGAAACCUGGGCUUCAGGAGCGGAAACCUGUUCAUGUGCGGAAGGCUCUUAGGGAUGUGACUAACAAACCUAAAGACACUGCUUUAAAGGACAGAUCCAUCCUGAAAGAGAGGCCCACCCUGAAAGAGAGGUCCAUCCUGAAAGAGAGGUCUGCUCUGCGCAGCCAUGAAGCGCUUAAGAACCCAGUGAAAAUAUGGGCUGAUGAAAAGACCAAAAAGUGUCAUGAAUGGGCUAAGAAUGGGGUGGAGGGCGCUCACUUUACAGGAAAUGAUUCUCAGAAGUUGGAUAAGGACGUGCAAGACAAAUGUGUCAAGAAGAAAGUGGCGAAAGUUAUGUCAGCGUUGCAUGGCUUGUCAGAUGUGGUAUUUGAUCCUGUGAUGUUUCCAGCUACGGAGGUUGCCAAGUUUUUUGAAGAAGUGAAAGGGCUGGAGCUGGAACCAGAGAUACUCCCAGACAUCACUAAGUGUCUCUCUAGCUCAGUUUACUUGCAUGUAAGUACAGGCGAUAAAGCAAAGCUGGCUGAAGACUCUUGUACUGAUGACGAGCUUGACCAGUACCCAUUUCUAUCUCUGGACAACAAUCCUGUCAAGUUUGAGCUCUCAGAUGAGCAAGCGAUCCUGGCGCUUGGAGACCACUGAGACUGAAAGCUCUGCUUCUGCUGUCUUUUGCAACUCUGCAUGCUCUGGAGCAGCCAGCCUAUGUAGUGUACAAUGUCUAGAAUGCUAGUAGAUCUGAUGUUCUUCCCCACACUUUUGAGUAGCGGAAGCGACAGCGCUUCCAGUUUGUCAAACGUGAUGAUCUCACAUAUAGCUCGGUAGUAUUUGUUUAAUUUUGA